AUGACCCCCCUCACCACCAACAGGGCCGGCAAGAGCUUUGCAGGUGAUUGUGCAGUGGCCCGCAAGCAGGUGGUGGACACUCGAAGGAUGACCAUCACGAUGAAGGUAACGGAGGACUCGUCGAAAAGCGGCAUCUGCUUUGUUGCCCCAUCGCUCACCGGGUACGUCCACAACGGGGAAGAUGAUGGGGAUGCUCACCGAGUAUGCGUCAAGCUCCUGGACGCAUUUUCCGGUACAUUAGAGAGCGAUGAGACGGGUCCAGUUCCACUUUUUCCUACUGACACGGCCAGUGGUUGGAGAUGCUGCGGCAAUCCACGUAAGGGAGCACCGCUCUGUCGGAGGCGAUCAUGGCAGCCCAGGCGACCGAACACGCCUGCUUUGCCAUCCCCAGUCAUCUCCUUGACCAGACGUGGGCAACGCGGAAUCCUGUGCUAG